AUGAAGUUCUCACACAGCAUCCAGUUCAACGCGGUCCCGGAUUGGAGUGCCUAUUACCUCGCUUACAGCAACCUUAAGAAAUUGAUAUAUUCCCUAGAACAGGAAGCGCACCGCUCGACUGGUCAGAGCCAUCCCGAUAUUGAGUCAGCGCCGCUGCUCGAUAACACGCCGAACCCGGAUGCGAUCUUCCGUCGGGCUUUAGAUGCGGAGCUGGAGAAAAUCUGCUCUUUCUACCAAGUGAAGGAGGUGGAGGUGUUCAAGGAGGUCGAAGAUGUGGCCAGACUUGCGGAGGAUUAUGUGUCUAGGGCCGACAGAGCAAAUAUCGACCCAAUGAGCGAGAACAUGAUCAAGGCUAGGACCAUGAGUUCCGGCUCGAGGAAUCGACAGGAGCGGCGGCGUAGCACGUUCAGCGGCACGAUCGGAGUUGAAGACGAUGACGAUGAUGACGAUGCAGACAGUGACGAUGACCGUGCCGCGCCGACGGAUCAGAACCGACCUCGGUCGCAUGGGGCCGAAUCCAGUAAUCACGACGGUAGUCGCACGGAGGAUAUGAGGGACUCGAGCGUCUGGGCGGCAGAUUCUAGGCUGCUAGGGUACCACGGCCAAUCUACAAGCCGUGCAGGCGCCCACGACGAGCAAAGCGCCGAUCCCACCGUGGUGGAUCUCUAUAACGAUGGUGUCUCGCUCAAGAAACAGGCUGUUACCGCCUACGUCUCCAUCUGCGGGCUCAAGUCGUACAUUCAGUUGAACAAGACGGGCUUCUCCAAGGCUCUGAAGAAGUAUGACAAGAUCAUGGACCGUAACUUGCGCCGGGAUUACAUGAACGCGGUUGUGGCUCCGGCCUACCCCUUUACGGAUUACACCAUGGAAAGGGUAGAUGAUCACAUCCACAAGAUCGAGGCUGUUUACGCUGAGGUGAUUACUACGGGCAACCUGCCUCUAGCCAAGCGUGAACUGCGACUGCAUCUGAGAGAGCAUGUUGUCUGGGAGAGGAACACCGUCUGGAGGGAGAUGAUCGGCAUCGAACGGAAGGCUCAGGCUGCUAACGUUGGUAUUCGUCGCACUCUACUUGGGGGAGACAACGAUCCAGCAGCCGCACGCCGCCAGGGUGACGAGCAAGAAACCAAAGGUACAGUGGUGAGGACGCCGAUUGGUGUCUACCACCUCCCUCAGUGGGUUUGCAGCUUGAGCUUCGGUACACUUGUCUUUAUCUUGGUUGUUUUUACGACUUUGCUUUCUGUUCCUAUCCUGGAAAAGCCGGAGCAACAGAAUUGUCUGGCUAUGCUUGUGUUUGUCAGUUUGCUAUGGGCUACUGAGGUCAUUCCUCUCUUCGUGACUUCGUUACUUAUCCCUUUCCUUGUCGUGAUGCUUCGUAUCAUGAAGUCCGAGGACAAGCCUCACCAGCGGCUGGGACCGAAGGAGGCCACCAGCGCCGCCUUUAGUGCCAUGUGGACGCCGGUAAUCAUGCUCUUACUCGGCGGGUUUACCAUUGCAGCAGCGUUGUCCAAGUACGAUAUUGCCCGUCGGAUGGCUAUGUUCGUGCUGAGCAAAGCGGGUUCCAAUCCCCGAGUGGUCCUUCUCACCAACAUGUUCGUGAGCAUGUUCUUGAGUAUGUGGAUCAGUAACGUCGCCUCCCCAGUCUUGUGCUAUUCGAUCAUCCAGCCGCUUUUGCGCAACCUGUCACCGGAUUCGAACUUCGCCAAGGCCCUUGUCCUCGGAAUCGCUCUGGCGGCCAACGUCGGGGGCGCCGCAUCGCCGAUCGCUUCUCCACAGAACAUCAUUGCACUUCAGAACAUGUAUCCGAGCAUCAGUUGGGGUACAUGGUUCUUCAUCUCUUUGCCUGUGUGUAUCAUCUCUAUCCUGCUGAUUUGGGUCCUUCUGUUGGUUAGUUUCCAUGUGGGUCAGGAUACGACCAUUGUUCCGAUUCGACCACUCAAGGACAAGUUCACGGGCGUGCAAUGGUUCAUCACCAUUGUGACUCUGUCGACCAUUGGCCUCUGGUGUGGCAGCCACCAACUCGAACAUAUCUUCGGCGACAUGGGCGUGAUCGCCAUCAUUCCCAUGGUUUUGUUCUUCGGCACUGGUAUCCUCAACAAGGAGGAUUUCAACAACUUUCUUUGGACCAUCAUCAUCCUUGCCGCGGGCGGACUCUGUCUUGGCAAGGCCGUCACAUCGUCUGGGCUUCUGCACACACUCGCCAAUGCUAUCCGGAUGCGCGUGGAGCAUCUGAGUCUUUACGGCGUGCUAAUCGUCUUCUCCGCAUUGAUUCUGGUCAUCGCUACCUUUAUCUCCCACACCGUUGCGGCAUUGAUCAUGCUCCCUCUGGUCCGCCAGAUCGGCGUCAGCAUGGCGGAUCCUCACCCCAACCUGCUCGUGAUGGCCAGCGCCUUGAUGUGCUCUGUGGCCAUGGCACUUCCCACCAGUGGCUUCCCUAAUAUGACCGCCAUCAUGACUGAAGUCCCGCAAACCGGCCAGCGGUACCUGCAAGUCCGGCACUUCUUUACGCGCGGUAUCCCGGCCAGUCUUAUGGCGUUUGUCGUGGUCGUGACGGUAGGCUAUGGGUUGAUGUACAUUGCGGGGUUGUAA